AGCACCAAACUCCAAGCACCCAGCUGUGUUGAUCCAUUGGCUCGUCCUGUGCCGCUUUCAGGGCCCGGCCCAGUGUUGUGCCAAUGCCGUUCGACACAGUCGAUGAGCAGUAUGUGAGACAGCGGAAGAUCUUGGUGUGCGAACGCUGCCGUCGUCCCAUGGACGGAGUGCAGAACCGAGCUGCGUACCAAACGGGGGGCAGUAUCGCCGGGUCCCUGGGCGGCUCCAUGGGCGGCUCGAUGUUGGCCGGUGCAGUGUUAGGUCCUGUGGGCGCCCUGGCGGGCGCCAUUGGCGGUGCCAUCGCGGGCUCUCGUGCCGGGGCUGCGGCCAGCGAAGGCAUUUGCGACGCGGUGGACUCCAGCAGCAGCCAGGUGUGUGAGGCCUGCAAGGAGGCGGCGGCGACGCGGCCCACGGGCUACCAGAACUGGGGGGGCGGACGCCUGGGUGCGCCCGGCGAAGCGCAGCCGAUCCCCGCCACAUCGGCGCCGGCGGAGGGCCCCAGCGUGGGCGAGCGGAUCGGUGAGACGGCGGCGUCGGCGGGGAAGUAUGUGGGAGAAGCGGCGUCCAGCGUGGGCGAGAGUUUGAGCGGAAUGGGGAGCUGGGUCAGGAAGUCAGUGACCUCACUUGGGGGAAGUGAAGAGAAGAAGGAACCCAAGAAGGAGGCCUUCAAGGCUUUUGAAGGAGCCGGCCGGCCCCUGGUCGCCGACCCCGUCGAUCGUUCUGCUGCCCGCGCGGCCGCGGCGGAAGCCGCCAUGCGGCGGGCGGGGCAGGCACCCGCGACUGCGACGCCGGCCCCGGCUGUGUCUGCCGAAGCACAGAUGGCAGAGGAUGAAGCCAUGGCCAGAAGGCUUCAAGAAGAGUUUGAUGCGGAAGGAUGAGAUGAAGCUCUUUUAGCUUGUGUGGAAUAGCUCGAUUUGGCCAAAAGUGUCAUUGCACAGAACCCGUUGCGACACCGGAACCAAAAGGAUGCAUGCUGCGGAGCAACCUCUCUUUUUCGUGUCAACUGC